UCAUGAUAUGGUUAAACCAUAGGACUGUUAUCAUUAGACGAUCAGUUAAAAAAACAUGUAUUUGACAAUGAACAAAAAAUGAAACGCCUACCCGAGGUGUAAUGAAUCAUACUGCAAUAGACAUAUAUAUAAAGGCUGACGAUGGGACAAACGGUAUUAGAUAUCUUCGCGGUUGUAUGCGACGAAUAAUUUCAGAAAAAUGGAUUAGAACGUGCGACCUGCACCAAACUGACUAUGGAUUGUGGAAUAAGUGCUUACUUGCGUACGGAAAGUCAGAGAGGCUAGAUGAAACAAUAGCUUAUUGACCGUGUGCCUUGUUAAAUGCAAUACACAUUGAAGGAGAUAAGGCACCUUUGAAACAAAAGAAGACAUCGUACAUAAAAGCAUAUGUCAACACUUCCAAAAACGACAAUGGAGUUCGGAAUGUCAGCCCUGGAACACCUUAAGAAGACAUUGGAUGAUGAAAUGCUACAGGAAGAUACUGCACAGAUGAUUGGACUGAUGAAAAGCAAAUUAGGAAGCGCCUACGUUAAGAUGUUGGCUGACUCAAAACGACCGAGUGAAUUACUCAAUUUCUUAGAGAACAACAUGCCCGAGGAUGACGUUAUGUCGGUCGCUUUCCAUGUUCUUGCCACUAUGAAGUACCAUGUGGAAAACAAAAACAUUGCUGAAUAUAUUGCUUCCUACCAGAAAUCUCGGAUGACAUGUCAUGGCCGGUCACGCGCAUUUGUUGUUGGAAGAGAUGACGAAAUUGAAAAUGCGCUGUCGUUGCUUCAGAACAAUAAAGGUGUUUUGAUCUACGGGCCGGGUGGGUAUGGAAAGACUACCUUUGCAAACGAACUUUGUGCAAGAUGCGCUUUUCACAACAAGGCUGAUACGUUUGUUGUGGAUAUGAGGCAAUCACGAUCCAUCAACGACCUAUUUAAAGGGAUUCUGGAAGUUCAGAACAUUGUAUUGGAUGGUGAUAAUAAGGAACUACAAAACGAAGUGUGGUACAGGCUGAAAGGGUUACAGAACGAAACAUUGUUUCAUCUGGACAACAUGGAACACGUAUAUGACGCUAUGCCAAAUGAGCUAGGACAAGUUCUUGGUAGACUAGAAGAAUUUAAUCAUAAGGUUAAAUGGGUCGUUACUUCAAGAGAAAAGUUUGUAUUUGGUGAUUUAUGUAAUACGACUAAAUUGAAAGAGUUCGAGUUAAAGGCACUGAAUGAUAAUGCUGCAGCUAAAUUACUAAUACAGUCUUGUCGUCCAGUUUGUCCAAACGGUGAGACAGUUCAAUACUUGCUGAAGAAGUGUUCCAAUAUCCCACUUGCAAUUUGCUUGAUUGGCAAGACCUUGGCGGAUUUCUGCGAUACAGAAUCACAAUUAACGAGAAGCUUUCUUGAAAGAUAUUUGCUACCAUCUGUCACUCAGGGAAUGCAAGGUUGUUUAAAGUACGCCUUUGACCGACUUGACGCUGCAGACCAAAUAACAGUGGCAAAACUUUCAUUUCUUGGAACUGUCACAUUUGAUGUAGAGUGUGUAUCAUACAUACUUGAUGUGCGUAUUGAUGGAGAGAACGGGGCGUUGAUGCUUAUGAUGUUAUUGACAACUAAACACAUUGUUCAGAGAGAAUCUCCAAAGUGUGGACAACUUUCCUUUCAUGUGACGUUGGAGAAUUUCUGUUAUUCAUUUCAUCCGUUUAUAGCUCAGUAUAUAAGCCAGUGUGUACGCAUACCAACGGAAACGUUAUCAAAAGCAAAACAACGUUUUUGUUCGUAUAUGCAACGCAAAGUGGAGCCAUUAACGGCCGUUCAAGAUAGAGAUUAUGAGAAGGCUAUUCACACCAUUCAACAGAAUCGGGACAUAAUUUUACUGGUUACCAAAGUUUUGACAGAGAUUAACACUGUUGCGCUCAGUGAAAGUGAAAACAAUUUCAUUGGAAAGGCACUGGAAACUUCGGUGCACAGUUUUGCUGAGAGACAGUCUCUUUUCGAACGUAUAUCAGAAUCAUUUCAAAAGGAUGUAUAUUCAUGUUGUUUUUGGAAAAUUGAAAUGAUUAAAGGCUUCAUAAACUCUAAAGACCCAGUAGAUCUUGACCGCGCAGCAGAACUAAUUGACGCUGUUAGAAAUAUUGUCGAAACAAUUUCUGAUGAAACCGGUAAAAUGCGACUAAGUGCUAGUCUGUUUUAUCUACAAGGACGUCUUGAGCGAACGCAGAAUAUAUCGGCUAGUCAGUAUAACACUACACAGGUGUUAAGUAAUUUUAGACGAUCCCUUGAUCUGUAUACACACUUAUCUUCACCUGAGAAGAGUUAUGGAAUAGAAUUGUCGCUUAUUUUAAAUGCCAUGGGAAAUGUAUACUUUGACGAGCAUGAUGUUGAUAAAGCCUACAUGAUGCACGAAAAUGCUGCGAAAACUAUAAGAGAGUACACACAAAACGAAAAACACCCGUAUCUGACCCUUUACGAAUUUAACACGGGCACAGUUGCAUUGGCAAAGGCUGAGUAUCAAUUAAAACUGAACGACCAUAUCGACGAAAAGGCAAAUCAGUACUAUUUGGAAGCGCUGCGAUGCUUUAACUUUUCAAUGUUGCGCGACAAAGAUAUUGGUAGAGACAGACUACCACAGUAUGGUGACAAGUUGUCAUACCGUGCAAAAGUGUAUGAAAAGCUGUCUAAGUUUGACGAUGCAUUGCAUGACAGGGAGGAAGCUUUGGCGCUAUUUAAAUUUCUGUCAGUAAAUGAUGACUCAAAUUAUAGUCAGAAUAGUUAUCUUAAAGCACUAAUUAAGAAAGGAGGAACACAUUUACAGCAGAGCAAACUUUUCGAAAGAGGAAAAGCUCAUUUCAAAACGGCUAUAAAAAAGGCAUUAGAAUGUUUUGAAAAGGUCGAAGAUUGCAUUAUUAAUGGUCGCUCGGGGAAACUCGAGGAAAGUGUGAAACUGGAUUAUAUUGCUGAUUUCCGUUCAGUUGCAAAAUCAAUGCCAUCUGUACGAAAAAGGGAAAUUGAGGCAUUUUGUUUGAGGUAUGAAUCAAACGAGUCUUUUGAUUCGUCCUCUUCGUCGGAAACUUCAUCGAAAUCAGAUUCGUCAACAGAAUCCGAAAGAAACUCAGACAGUGGUCUUGAGGAAAUGGAAAUUCCCAUUACUUCAACAUCGCCGAACAUACCUUUAUAUAAAGAAAAUAAAGACACCCUAUUCCUUAGUCAACAUUUACAGAACCAAUAUUUACAGGAGAAGAGUGUCAAAGGGAUAAUUGUCCAAAGACCUCCCAAACGACGAAUGUCUUCCUCUGAUGAUAGCGAUAGCUAAAUACGAUUGAAGUGUAUCAACUGUCAUAUUAUUUGUUGCAUUAAUUUUAAUGCAACUUAUAUUAUACAUAUUGCAAGAAGCGGUUUGUCAUACUGAAGAAAGUUGUAGACUUGUGAUUCAUACAUGUUUACAGUCUGUAUUAUUUGCUUCAAUGUACCUUAACAUCAGUUUACCGUUCUUAUGGCGGAACUGAUAAGCUAGAUAAGAUUUAGAGCUUCAAGUCGAUAAUUUAGUAUUAAUAUAAAUUCUACUAUUCUUUAAUGUUCAUAAAUCAAUGUACUCUAUAAAUAAUAGUUGUUGUUUUUUAAAACACUGAACAUUUUGAUUUUAAAACGACGACAUUAGGUUCGUAGCAGAGAACCAUGUUUCAAUCAUUAAUUCAUCAAUGGUUUCUUCUGUAUGAGUAUAUCUUUCUGGUAUUUUACUUGUUAUACGUAUCACCUGGGUAAUAGGGGACAAAAUAUGGAAGAGAAUCCUAUCUAUCAUUUAUAACUUAAGUAUGUAGGGUACUUUUAAAGCAUGUGGUUUGAGCCAACCUAGCGUCACAUGACUUCACUGAUUGUUUAUCUUACAU